AUGUCCUUGCGAUCAGUCAGCCAUUCCCUUAUCAGUAACCUCAAAUCUGCCAACAGAGUUCUUAUCAACUACCCCUGUAGGCGCACCUGUAAUAAUAAAAAGACGACAAAUCAUCCCCCUAGACGUGUCUAUCUCUAUGACCAAUACAGCGAUAUCAUCAACAAUAACCGAGCCGUCUUCAUUUUCCAAAAUAACAAUUUGGGCGUAAACGAAUUUACUCAAUUGAGACAGCAUUUAUUCGAAGUGUCAGGGCAGGGCGCUGCUCCUACUAAACUUACUGUAGUGCAAACUGGCAUUUUUUCGGCAGCUUUACGUCAAACCAAAUAUGCUAAUUUGGAGACACUUUUAUCAGGACCUAUUUGUAUAUUUUCCACCAAUGCAGAUGAUGCUGAACACCCCGAUUUAUUGAAAAAAUCAGUAGAAGGUUUAGCGAAAAAUAAAAAGUUAUUAUUGUUAGGGGGUAAAAUAGACGAUACCCUAUUAACACAGGCGGAUGUUUUGAAGGUUGUGGAUCUACCUCCUCUUCAACAAUUGAGAGGACAGUUGGUGGGUACAAUUGAAGCUCCUGCUCGCAGAUUACUACAAACUUUAGAACAACCUGCCGGUGAAUUACACAGCGUAUUAGAUAGACGAAUUUAA